UGUGGUGUGAUAAAGACGACUGAUAAGAUGGACAGAAUAUCAUUAUUACCGGAUUCAAUAUUGCACCAUAUUUUGUCAUUCUUGUCAUUGAAACAAGUUGUUCAAACAAGUAUAUUGUCUAGAAGAUGGAAAGAAACAUGUUGUACAUUUCCGAUUUUAGUAUUUGAUGAUAACUCUCAUUUUGGAUGGGAAAAAGAGGUGUUGAAGUAUUUGGAGCAAGGUUUACUGUACCGUCACAUGGAGAGGAUAAGUAUAAGGAAGCUCACAAUUUCGAUGACUUCUUUUUUUUGGUUGGUUCCAGAAUUUACAGUAUUGGUAGAUCAAUGUGUUUGCAAUGCAAUUGGAAGUAACGUCAAAGAGCUUAAACUUCGAUUUCCACUUUUCAGGGGGAGAGGGUACAAUUUGCCUCAAAUUGUUUUUUGUGCAGAAUCCUUAGAUGUGUUAGAGUUGUCUGGAUGUAAGUUGUACUCACCAAGAAUUAGUGUACAGCUGUCUUUGAGGAAACUAUAUUUGGUGGACGUUUAUGCAGAUGAUCAAAUGAUUGAGAAUCUCUUUGCUAGGUGUCCUUUGAUUGAGUAUCUGACAAUUGAUUCAUGUAAAGGCUUUAAAAGCCUAGAGUUAAGUCUUAGUAAACUCCAUGAAAUCAAGGUAAGUAACAAUGAUGAACUCAAAAAGGUGGAGAUCAAAGCAUUGAAUGUUCAUUCAGUGACUAUUACUGAAAUUAAAGCAUGUGAGAUUGAUAUAGCCUCAUGUAGGAAUCUGAAAAACUUAAUAUUAUCAAAGCUUUCAAUAAUGGAUGAUUGGUUAUGUAAUGUAAUUUCAGACUUUUCACUCCUCCAGUACUUAAGCAUAACUAAUUGUUAUGAGUUAAAGCGUAUCAAAAUUUCAAGUCCUAGUCUUAAGGAAUUGGUCAUCUAUGGAUUUGUUUUGCUUACUAAAGUGGUUGAAGUAAAACUUGAGACACCUAAUUUAAGUAUAUUCAAAUUUAGGGGUGAUGCGAUAUCCUUUACUUCAAAUGUUUUGGCUUUGUCAAAAACCGAUCUCUACAUUGAUUGUUUUGGUUAUGAUACUCAGUUUUUUGUUAAGUAUAUUGAAUUUCUUGGAAACUUUAAUCAAUGCUCUGAAGUGCUGAAUUUGCAAUGUCGCAGGGGUGAGAUUGCAAUUGUUCCCCAAGAAUUGAGGCAAAUCUUUCAUCCUCCUUUAGCCGGUGUCAAACAUUUGAACCUUGAAAUAGAUGGUAAUCUGGUGGAUUUUUCUAUUCCAGAACUUGUUGAUGGCUUGCUCUGGCUUUCACCUCAUGUAGAGAGUAUAUCAAUGAGUUUUCCUUUGGUUUACCGGCAUAAGUAUGUUUUUGAGUUCUCAUAUAAGCAGCAGCUUACUCAUGGAGAGACUCCUAGUUGCUGCCAAUCCCUUCCUAUCUCGUGUUGGCAGAAUUGUGUCAAGGCAGUUAUGAUUGAGCAUAUUGUGGAAUCCUGCGGCUUGCCUUCUUCUGCUUUUGGAGACAAGGUCUCCUCUGAGGACAAGAGAUUUGUGAAGCAAUCUUAUGUACAAAGGUUCCUGUUUAAGGACAAGAUCUUGGAGAUGCUUCAUCGUCAUCAUUUGGAUUUGAGGAAUAUGUAUAGUUAUAUGUUUGAUGAUGAUGAUGAAUAUGAAUAAUUAUAUGUUUAAUGAUGAUGAAUUUG